AUGACAUACAUGUCAUGCAAAAGUGAACCCUUGCCUACAAAAUCAAAUUGUACCAGUAAUGCAGGAUGUGCUAAUACCAGUUUACAUUGCACUGUCCCUCCACAAAUCUGUGUUCCUUAUGAUUCUGGUGACAUUACAUUACCUUCUCUUCCACUGUAUGAAAGUUAUGGUGUUUCCACAAGUCCUACUGUACAGGCCUCCUCUAAAAAGACUCUGGAAUAUGCCACAGCAUAUCUUAAAGAAAACAAGGGUAGUGCAGAGAGUAUUGUCGCUGCUUAUGACAUCAUUGGGGACAAUGUGGACCUUAUGAAAUCACCCUCCAAUAUGUCAUCCAAGAAGCAAAGAGAGAGUUUGCACUGGUUCUUGAAUGUAGCCGUGCAGCGACGUGUGGUUUCAUCAUUGCCGAAUGACAGACCUAUUUCAGAUAUCAUGGAUGUACCCAAUCAUGCAUUCAUUCCUAGUUCAGAUGAUUGUGAUGCAUUAGAGAAGAACAUGGUAUUUCAUAUUUUGAAAGUUGCUACUAAAUAUGUUAACUGUCUCAAGCCCUAUGCAGAUUGUGUACCAAAGUAUUUAGAUCACCCCCAUAUUGAAGAGACAUCAAAGAAAACAAAAUACUUCAUAGCAGAUCUUCUUGACAAAAGCGAAAAUAAAUCAGAGGAAAUGAUCUCGAUAUUGCAACAUAUACAUGAAAAUUACAUAGCUCAUACUGAGGAUGAUCCACCAGCAGUUAUUGAGAAAAGAGUCUUCGGAGGUGACGUCCUAACCAACGAGCGGGCAUAUUCUGCACAAAUGGCCAUGAUGAAUAGCCAUAGUGAUUUCUUUCGUCUAGCUGGUAUUAUUCACAGGCCUGAGGGACUCCAUCGACUGAUGAAUUUUCUAUUGUUCAUCUAUCAAGAGUUCUAUAAGACCUCCUUAGCACCAGAACAGGGUACAUUAUUCCAGUUGAGGAACUUUAUACAUAGAGUAGAUGUCAGUGGUGGAGAUGGUGCUGUAGACAAAUUCAGGGCACAUUAUGCAUUUGUAAUGGACUGUCUAGAUGCAUAUAUUCUUGGAGCUGUUUUUGAGGUAAUGCAGCUGGAAAAUUUUGAUGGAAUGCCAAUCAAAUGGCGACCACCCCCAUUACUGAUGACAGCAGAGAAAUCUGAUCAGUACCAAUGGUUGACCGAGCUGGCCCAGGAAAUAUUAGAGAAACAUGUUAAACUGAAUGCAGACAAAAAUUUAACCAGAAUGAGUGAAGAAGCCAAAGAAAUGGAUACUCAGACUCUCACCAUGCAAGGGAUGUUUGACAAUGGCCUGCAGAAAUUUGUGUGCACAUGUGGGAAACAGUAUAAGACUGCUGGUUACUUCAAGCGACAUUUGGUCAGUACACAUAAUUGGUUGUUUAGAGAAGAUGAUGAUCCGACUCCUGACUCAAGUACAAGUGAAAGCAAGACAGACAGUGUUGCCAACUACCGUGCAUCUUUCAUGAAAAAUGCUCUUCUACUAAGGGAUACAUAUGAUGCGUACUCUAUGUGUGAUGGAGAACGUGUGGUCCGCAAUGCUAAAUUUGAAUUCCUCUGUGCAGAUGUUAGAAAACACAACAAAUAUAAACUUUGGUUGUGGAGGUUCGUCGCUUACAUCAUAGCCCUUCUAUCGCCAAAGCAGGCCUAUGAGUACAUGUGGAACUGUGCUGCUAAUACCACUGGGGGCGUUGGGAAGAAUAUACCGAAUGAUAAUCUGGUAGAGUUUAUGGUGCAGCUAGUGAAGAAAAAAAUCAAGGAACAGGGAUCAAAUUUUACAUAUUCAAGUGCAGUAAAAGCAGCACUAUCAUCACAGGUUCAGGAAGAGAUAAAACAGAACUUGCAGCAGGAAAUCCAGCAGAAAACCAAAGGGAAAAGUAGAACAAAAACAAACAAGUUUUCAGACAUAGAAGUCAUGGUGUUGGAGCUCAGGAAAGGGAACGUUUUUUCAUACAUUCCUGGUAGGGAAUUCCCGUCGUUCAAAAAAUUUCAGGAUGCUUCAGAAAGAGUGAAUUUGACAAAAUUACACACCUGGGUGUCAAAGCAAAAGGAACGUGCCUCAUUUGAAAUGUUAUGAUUCAUAAUUGAAAAUUUGCAUUAUAUUACAACUAUAG